GUACAGCAGAAGCAGCUAGCCUUGUCCCCCUUUUAGAAGGCAUACUACGCCGCCGUCAGAACCGAUCUAUGCCACGCGUAGCGUCAUCGACAGUGAUGCGAUGACAUGGAUGUACAGCAGAUGGAGCUAGCCUUACCCCCCUUUCCGAAAGGACACUGCACGGCCAUCAGGACCUGUUAUGCAAUGCGAACCUCGCUGCCAUCGUCAUCGACAGUGACUGGGUGUCCACGAGGACGACCGGUGGCAUGGACAAGACGGCAACCGUGGAGAAGCGAGUGCCAGAGGUGACUCCGAGCCAGGCGAAAGAUCGAAUUCUCCGAGCCAGGCGAAAGAUCGAAUUCCGCUAUGUCCGCUGUUUCCUCACGAACAGGACAUGCCCGACUGCCUUCUCUCGCCCGCGGCUGUGAUGUCCUUCAAGGUCAAGGACAGCAUGAAGAACGUGGAGGUUUUGAACCCCACGUACGCCUACAUCCCACCGAAACUCGUCGAUCUCUACAUCACCAACAUUGGGGGCUUGCAGCCGUCGUACAUCCACCGGAUUUUGUAGGAGUUCUACCACAUGGACGACCUCAUAACCCCCAUUUCAGACGAGCAGGCCAGCUGAAGGUUAUGGUACCAAUUCCUGGGUCGUCGGUGUGAGUUGAGUAGUUUGUUGGGGGUUUGGGGAUUCGUUCACUGCUGUAGCAG